GGAAGGCUGCACCGUCGCGGCAGCACGUGCUCCGCGCAAUAUAUCGUAAAAAAAAAUAAUAAAAAAACAUUAAACGUCAAACGAUUACGAUCGCGAUUUGUUUUGUGAGACGGCCAAAAGUUUUCGUGCGCUUGUUUACAAAACGAUACGCGAAUUCAAGUCGUCUUUGUGUCCUGUGUUGAGUUUACAGUUUGCUAUUGAACGGAAAUCAUUGUUUCAAAGUUGACGGAAGAGUUUUCUUUUUUUUUUAAAUUGUGUACGGAUCUUCUCGUAAUUUAAAUUCUAACCAGAAGUGAUACAGCACAUUUUACAAUGGAUAAUGUUAAGCGUUCUGUAGUAAAGGAGCAGUUGUGAUAAAACUGAAACGUUCCAACAAUGCUUCUACUACCCUGCAGCACCAUGUUAGAUGUGCCAGACAAUGUAUCAGAAGCUAGCUACGUAACGAGCGUGGAAGACGCGAGCCGCGUGGACCAAUGCACGCAGACCCCCAGCGGCAAGGCGCGGCCACGUACGCUCCAAAGGUACCACACUACCGACCACCUCUACGAGAGAUCGCACAGAGCUUACCGGCUCAGGCACGAACUCAGGCCAAAGAGCCUGGGCCUCAGUGACUCGUACCCUUGCUUUGGAAAGCCGCCGAGCUAUGAGUGCGGAACUACACCCAAGUUAAAGGUAAGCGUGACCGACAGUCCGACGAUCUCUAUCAGCCCUCCGCACAGCUUGGACUACGUAUGCCAGAAGGGUAGUCCUGGCAGCGUGACGCCCAACGGAAUGCUCUCCAGCAAAUCCACGGCCACCACAGUACUGCUGAGCCCCAGCUAUCUACAAACGACUUGUCAGUGCAGUCAGUCUAUUAAGAGUGUGAGUGAGGUGGCGUUGACGAUGCCAGCUGGGUCUGCGGCUGCGGCGGGCGCAGGCUGGGGCGAGGAGGUGCCGGGACUGGCGUCAGAUGGCCUCUCCUGGCGCCGUCUGCAUAUGUCCCGAGCCAAACUCAAAGCGACUGCCACGACGUCCGAACUGCUCUCAGGUUUCGCGAUGGUAGCUAUGGUAGAGUUACAGAUCAACGAGCCAACGAACGUGCCCGAAUGGUUGUUCGUUAUGUUCGCUGUGUGCACGACCGUGUUAGUCGCUGUGCAUAUCUUUGCUCUAAUGAUCUCUACGUACCUGCUGCCGAAUAUCGACGCGGUCAGCAAGAUGGAGACGCCCGGGGGACCCACCCGCGCGCUCAGGGACUCUCCGCACGAACGUAUGCGGGGAUUCAUUGAGCUUGCGUGGGCUUUUAGCACUGUUUUAGGUCUGUUCCUAUUCCUGGUGGAGAUAGCGAUCCUGUGCUGGGUGAAGUUCUGGGACUACUCGUUCGCGGCCGCCACCGCCGCCACCGUCAUCGUCAUACCAGUCUUAAUAGUAUUCGUUGCGUUUGCCAUCCACUUCUACCACUCGCUGGUGGUGCAGAAAUGCGAGACAUCGGUGCAGGACAUCGAACAGCUCGAGACAAUGAAGCGCGAACUCGACACCGCUACCGUUAAAGUCAACAUGUUCUAAUUCUAACGAAAUACCGAUGUUUCUAACGAUUCGAUUCGAUCAUUCAUUCGAUUAAAAAGAGAUCUGUGGACGAUAGACAAACCUGUCUCGUUUUUAAUCUAUGAAUGAACUGUCACUGUCAUUGAAAUUGGCGGAAAAAGUUCGAUAUUUGUAAAAUA